ACUACUUACGCUUUGUGUAAGUACUACGAUCCACCUUACUCGAUGCACUCGGCCCAUCUAUCAUAUCUUGUAUCGAGACAAUCGCGCUGCAGUUCUCAUCUUACUCGACAUGCAGCACGGAAGCGGGGAUGGAGUCCCAGGUCGAGUCUCGCGGGCCCGAGUCCGAGGACAACUCAAUACUCUAACAUACGUUAUGCAGGGAUCCCUAUCGCAGGCUCUGUCGGAUCGCAUCCCGAUGGAAGUCUUCGAGGAGGUCAUCGACCGGAUGGACAACCCCAUGCUUUGCCGUGCGGCGGUAGUCUGCACGACGUGGCAUCCUCGUGCCACGUACAACCUCUACCUCUCGAUCGAGCUCCGCACGCGCAAGAGCUUCGACUUGCUGGUGAAGCAGUCGCUCCAUUCUGCGCGUGUCAAGCGAUUGCUUGCGACGACGCACAAGUUGGUCGCCUCGGACAAGGAGAUCGCGAACCUACGCUUGCAGGGAAACACCCGCCCGAACACCCGCUUCGUGCACGCACUGCCCCUCGUCUUUGGCCGCGCCAUGCCUCAGCUGCGGGCCCUGGAGAUUCGCGGGGACCUGCCUCCCUCCGCACACCCGACGUUCAAGAAGUUCUUCCUGGCGCUGUCACAGUUCAGGGCUCUUACGUCGCUCAGUCUGCGCAACUUCCGGCUGAACAACUUCGCUCAGCUGCGGUGGAUCGUGGGCGCGUUCGCAUCGCUGGAAGAGUUGACGUUGAGCAACGGCAGCCUUCAUCUACUGCAGGAUGCCGAUGCCAUCGACUCACGGCCAAGUGUGGCGUUGCAGUCGGAUCUCCGCCUCCUCCGUCUCGACGUUGACAUGAAAAACGGUAUGCAGACAUUUGAGACGGUAGUUGACUGGUUCGUGUCCUCUGCUAUUUGCAGGUCUCUACGUGAUCUCAAGGUCUGGUGGCCCAACGAUCACUCUGUCGAAGUUACUACCGAAGCAAUCGACCGACUUCUCAAGGCAGCAGGGCCGUCCCUGACUCAGUUUUGUGAAGUAACUCAUUACGCGGUGGGUAAGUGGCCUCGCAUUUCUGUUCACACGAUUCAACGGCCGACAUCAUGUGUGCAUCCAUAGGCCAUGUUUACCAUGGAAAUCUCGCGGACAACACGAGCUUGCGCUACCUCGAGUGCUCAACGGCUGGGAUGACGGCAGGCAACAUACGUGAGGCGUUGAAGGCCAUGGUCGGCGAGCUACACAAGCUCUUCUCCACGAUCCGAAGCUACCAAGUGGAACAAAUUAAACUGGGCCCAGACUACCGCUCAAUGCUAGACUACAGAUCUCUCAGGAAGAGCUCG